AUGCUGCCCGGCGCGUUUCUAUCGCAAGAAAAAACUGUUUCAGUGUAAACUUGUAAUGCAGAAACUGUAUCUGAGAACUGUUUGUCUUGCUACACAAGCAAGACACUGGAUUUUUAGCUUUGUUUUCCCCUAUAGGACAAUCUCGCAUGGCAAAUUUUCUCUGUGAUGUAGAGCAACCGUGUGAUGCAAAACUUGCAAAAUCCUUACAGUGAAACACUUUUUUCGUCCGAUACUCUCUUCCGCAAGCUAGUUCCCCGAAUGGAGCGAAAGAGAAGGCAGCUUCAACAUCGUUAUUGAGAGGAAAAAUCCCCCCUCGCCAUAUCGAAGCGGUAUGUUUCCGAAAAUUUGUGUUCCUGAUUUGAGACCACAAACCAAGGCUGUCUUGCAAGAAGACAAGUGCAGAGGCUUCCGCGCCAUUAUGGAAGCGAUUUGGCAUGCUGUUGGGCCUAGGGGACAGCCCCAGCCGUUCUUUGUAAUGCUAAACAACUAGACCCAAACGCGCGGACCUAGGCUGAGGAUCUGGCUGCGAUGUCUUACUGCAAGACAGCGCGCAGUUGUGUACGGAAAUCCAGCAUCAGAACUUCGUUUUGAUAUGGGGAGGGAGGGUUUUUCCUUACGAUAAUCGUCCAUACUGACUCGGUACGCCGGAUUCCUUCUAUAUGACUUGCUCAAAUGUUACAAUCUCAAGCGUUACAAUAGAAUCUGAAAUUUGUGUUGCAUGAUGAGGAUGACAGAAGGUUCCACCUUUUGCAAUACAAAUUUCGCCAGAUUGUAGUGAGUUUUGGGGCUCCGAAACUUGUCAUGCGCAAUCCUAUGAGAGUUGGCUAGAUCAUGCAAUCUUGCAUCACAGAUUUCCAUAUUCUAUUGUAACGUUUGAGAUUGUAGCACCUGAGCGGGUUAUAUUCUAGCGUGCUUCUUUCUGGUUUUGGUGGAGCGUGAAAUCAGCCGGAGAACUAGGUCUUCAGCUGGAUCAUGGCCCUGUUAUUGCCCGGAAAAAUCCCCCCCCCACGUUUAUAGAAAGCGCAGCCUUCUGAAAAUUUGUGAUGCAGAUUUGUGGUCACAAAUCCUGUCUGCCUUGCCAGAAGGCAAACUCACUGACGCCGCCACGAUAUGCAGGCGAUUUGUAAUGCUGCAGGGCCUACAGGGGCCCAGACGUCUGCCAUGCUAGGCCCCUACAGCAAAAGGGCUAGGGCCCGCCACCUUAGGCGUACGAUCUGCGUGCAGCCCUUUACUGCAAGACAAGUGUGAUUUGCGUACACAGAUCCCGCAUCACAGGCUUCCGAUUUGAUAUGGGGAGGAGACGAGAAUUGUCAUUUUGAUACCUGUGGGACGUUGUUCGCGCGGCAGCGAGGACGAUCGAGUUGGACGGGGGCAGGAGGCUAUGCAUUGCAAAAGUGUCUGUGUCUGGAAGAGUGGCGGUUCAACUUGUAAUGCUGUCUGCGGAUUCCAAAAAUGUCUGUGUUGCAUGAGCAGCAAGAGGAGUCAGCUCAUGGCACGCAGAGAGGGCAUUUCUCAUGCGUCAUUAGCACCAAGAAGCUUUCAUAAAAUCAGUGAUGCUAGAACCAGCAUCACAGACCUCACGGAUCAUGCAACAUGUGCAUGACAAGCCCCGACUCUUCCAGACCUAGACAUUUUUGCAGUUGAUAGAGGCGCACAGGAUGGCGCAGCGCCCAAGGCGGAGCUGCCCGCACCUGAACCCAUGAAGAUUACGACAGAGUUAUCCUGAGUAAAAACGUACCCACACCAGAGUUGUAAUGCAGAUUUGCAAAGACAGGAAGACUUGUAAUGCGCAUCCCCAUGAGAGCCAUUUCCAAUCGUGUUUUGGAAUUUGUGAUGCUGUGAACAGGAUGAGCAGAUGAAUCUGUGAUGCGGCUGCACUUGCUAACCUGCACUACACUGCAGAUUGCAACUUGUCAUGCGUGACUCACAAAACUCCUAGGUUUGUGUUGCAAAAUCCCCAUCCUGACUCUGGUGUGGGUACGUUUUUACUCAGGAUAAGAGUCUGGAGGUGAAGGUCUGCAUAAAGUAGUACCAAUAUCAAAAUGAAAAAUCCUCUCUCCCCACAUCAAAACGAAAUUUCUGAAGAUGCUCCUGGAUUUGCGUGCAGUAGAGGACUGCAGGCCCAUAUCAUGCCGAUGUAGAGAGGUUUUGCCCUAAGUAGGCACUUAGCAUGAGGAACGUCUAUGCUGUAGGCCCAACAGCAUCACAAACCGCCUGAAUGAUUGGGCGGACAGCCUAUGCCGUUGCUUUCUUGCAAGACAGACACGACGAUCAUCUGUGGUCACAAAUCAGCAUCGCAAAUCCUCUGUGGCGUGCCUUUUCGAUAUGGGGACGAGGGGGGAUUUUUCCUUACGAUAAAAAUCAAGCAGAAGUACAACUAGUGUGCUGCCACCUAUCAAAUGCAAAAGUGUCUGGGUCUGGAAGAUUCUGAGACUUGUCGUGCAUGUUUUGCAUGACCCAGGAUGUCUGUAAUGCACGACCUAGCAUCACAGAUUUUUAGAGGGCUUCCUGAACCUGGUGCCUACUCCGCAUGACAAACGCCCUCCCCGCGUAGCACAAACUAGACUCCUCUUGCUGGUCAUGCGUUACAGAUUUUUUUAGAGACCGAAGUUAGCAUCACAAGUUCCAAUUCUUCCAGACCCAGACACUUUUGCAUUUGAUACCACCGCAAACGGAGCAGACGUGGGACGAGGUUCUUUUGCUCGGAUAUCAAAAGGAAAAAUCCCCCCUCCCCAUAUCAAAACGAAGUUUCUGAUGCUAGAUUUCCGUACACAAAUCAGAUUUGUCUUGCAGUGGGGGACUGCAGGCAUAUGCCAAGCCUGAGUCGAGAGGUUUUGACGUAGGCGCCUAGCAUGACAAACGUCUAGGCUGUAAGCCCAACAGCAUCAACACAAACCGCCUGCAUAAUGCGGCGGACUCUCUGGGUUCGUUUUCUUGCAAUACAGACAGGCUUUGUGGUCACAAAUCUGCGUCACGAAUUUUCAGACGAGUAGACUUUCAAUAUGGGGAGGCGGGAUUUUUCCCUACAAUAUCGGAAAGUUUGAGCGGGUGACGAAGGAAACCCCUGCCGAAAAAGCGGCGCGAAGAGCGAAGCAUAUUGAGAGGAAAAAUGCCCCCUCCCCAUAUCGAAACGGCAUGCUUCCGAAAAUUUGUCUUGCUGAUUCCCCAUUUGAUAUGGGGUGGGGGCUUUUUUCAUUUUGAUAAAGCAGCGAACGUAUCUGCAGGGUGCGUACGAGCACGUCGCGCACACCUUCGCGCCGGGCUUUUGCAAGCGGGUGAGUCGACUAGGGCCGGGCGGCGACGGCGGCAAGAACGUUUGCGCGGACCAGCUCCCCAAUGCUGGGCAAAGUAGAAAUAAUGGCUCCCCUGCCACGUCGCUGACGGGUUCCGUUGGAGCCGGCGAUCCUUUGGCGACGUCGUUAUUACAAUGAAAAAUGCCCCCACCCCCGAAUCGUUGGGAGCAUUUGUAUUGCAAACCUUUCCAAGUGAAACAUUCGCCCUCUUGCAUCUCUCAGCAUCACAGGUUUCUAAUCGUGAAUAGCAAAAAUUUGCAUUGCAAAAGACCCCAGCAAGAGGGGCGCUUGUCAUGCAAGCGAUGCGAUACACGCCGAGACUCUGCAUCGGAAAGAUUCAUACUCCUUUCAUGCAUAGAUAAAAAAGUUCUUCAUUUGAAAACCUUACGCAUGACAAAUUUUUGCAAUUUCAGUGGUGGGGGGCACUUUUUACUGUAAUAGUCGUCCUGUCUCGUUUAUUCCCUCGGGUCUCGCCUCGAUUUUUCCUUCGAAGCGGCCGUAGUGCGGGAGACGGGGUAUCAAAAGGAAAAAUCCGCCCUCCCCAUAUUAAGAGAGUGUUUCUGAUGCUGGAUUUGCGUACACAAAUCAGGUCUGUCUUGCAGUAGAGGACGGCAGCAGGCCCAUACUAAGCCUAGGCACAAGGGUAGUUUUGACGUAGGAGCGUAGCAUGGCAAGCGUGUACUCUGUAGGCCGCAUAGCAUGAUCACAAACAGCCUGCAUAAUGCGGCUGAGUUGCUGGAUUGGCCUUCUUGCAAUACCUAGACGACUUGGGGUCACAAAUCAGCAUCGCAAAUUUUCAGCAGUAUCCCUUUUUGGUAUGGGGAGGGAGAUCUUUCCUCACAAUACGGGGUGCGCGGUAGCCACCUUUGACUGCACCGUUCCGCCCGAAAAAGGACAAGCGCUAGCGAAGAAGCUACCGGGGACCGUAUUCUGAGUAAAAGCGGGGCCCACACCCCAGAGUUGUCAUGCAAAUCUGCAUGCCAAAAAAGUUUCAUCUCAUGCGGAGGGGGCCCAUGAGGAGCAUUUUGAAGUCGUGUUUUGGAAUUUGUGAUUCUAAAAUCAGCAUGAUGUGCUAGAUCUGUGAUGCUGCUGAACUAGCUCAACAGGAUAAUUACACUACGAGGACAUCAAACUUGUCAUGCGAAACAGCCAAAGCUGGCUGAUUUGUCUAGCAGAUUUCCCAUCUUGACUAUGGGGUCGUGGGGAGGUUUUUGCGGAGGAUAGACCGUCAAUUUUCACCCGUGGUGCGUGGGCGAAUCGGACGAAGAGAAGCCGAUCAGCAGCGACGUGGGCUACAAGAAGAAGACCGGUAUCAGAAUGAAAAAUCCCCCCUCCCCAUAAAUCAAAACGAAGUUUCUGAUGCUGGAUUUGCCUACACAAAUCAGAUUUGUCUUGCUGGCGAGGACUGCAGGCCCGUACUAAGUGUGGGCAGAGAGGUUUUGGCCUAGACGCUUAGCAUGAAAAACAUCCGCGCUGUGGGCCCAACAGCAUGACAAACCGCCUGCACAAUGCGGCGGAGCCUGCGGAGUUGCCUUCUUGUAAGACAGACGCGAUUUGUGGCCACAGAUCAGCAUCACAAAUUUCCAAACAUAUGCCUUUUCGGUAUGGGGAGGGGGGAUUUUUGCUUUUGAUAACCGGACAGUUUUACACACUGGAGACCAUUCAAAGAAAAUUAGGCCACGUAUCAAAAAAAAAAAAUCCCCCCUCCCCAUAUCAAAAUGGAAAUCUGUGAUGCAGCUUUGUGGUCACAAAUCAACUUUGUCAUGCUAGCAGGGAAAAGAUGCGGACUGUAGUGCAGGGUGGUGUGGGAAAGCCUUGCAGGUCCAGCAUGACAGGAGGCAGCUGGAAGUAUGAAACAGCAUGACAAAUUGCCUGCAAACCAGGCCACAGCUGCGGCUCUUGGCUUUCUAGCAAUACAAAUCGAUUUGUGUACUCAAAUACAGCAUCACAAAUUUCGUUUUCGAUAUGGGGAGGGGGGAUUUUUCCUCUCAAUACCACGAGCGCGUCGACUUGUUGAAGAUGGACAUUGAGCGCAGCGAGUUCGGUAUCGCAAGAAAAAACUGUUUCACUGUAAACUUGUAAUGCAGAAAAUGCAUCUGAGAAGUAUUUGUCUUGCUACACAUGCAAGACAGUGGAUUUUUAGCUGUGUUUUUCCUUAGGAAUCUCGCAUGGCAAAUUUUCUCUGUGAUGUAAAACAAACUUGUCAUGCAAAAUUUGCAAAAUCCUUACAGUGAAACACUUUUUUCAUACGAUAUUCGGCGUGGUAAAAGGCCUCCGACUCAACAGCCCUCAACAAGCGGGGGAAGAGCGAAAAUUUCUGCCACGGCAAAUCUUGAUGGAAACGCAUUUGCACGACGCCUACAACUAUCAACUUCAAAAAUGUCUGGGUCUGGAAACUUGUGAUGCAAGUCCGUGAACAAUAAGUGCUCUGUAAUGCGCCGCCAAGCGUGACAAGUUUUUUCGUGCUUCUUUGAUGCGUAUUUCGCAUGAGAAACUGCGCUUUUGCAUGACAGGCAAGAGCACCUCUUGAUGGCCGCGCAAUACAGAGCGCCGAGUCAUGCCAGACUAGCAUGACAAUCUUCCAGACCCAGACAUAUUUGCGAUGCAUAACAACCUCUGGGGCGGGAAAGCUGUCACCGCUGCACAAUGGUCGGACUUCUGGCAGAAGUUGCGCGGCCUCUAUUAGAAUGAAAAAUCCUUCCUCUCUUUUUUAACGAAGUUUCUGAUGCUGGAUUUGCGUAUACAAAUCAGAUUUGUCUUGCUGGCGAGGACUGCAGGCCCAUAUCAAGCCUGAGUAGACAGGUUUUGGCCUAGGCGCUUAGCAUGAAAGAUGUCUACGCUGUAGGGACGACGCAUGACAAACCGCCUGUAGAAUGCGGCGGAUCCUGUGGCGUUGCCUUCAUGCAACACAGAGACGAUUGGUGGCCACAAAUCAGCAACACAAAUUUUCGGAAACAUACCUUUUCAAUAUGGGAAGGGGGGAUUUUUCCGCUCAAUAACCUCGGCUACCGAGUCAUUGCGCACGAACCAAAUCCAGUGGGAGCGGUCUGCCACGAGUGGAGCGUCAAGCUCGAUAUGGAUUGCAAAUAUGUCUGGGUCUGGAAGGUGGAAACUUGUCAUGGUAAAUCUGAAUCAUGUAAAAAUCUGUGUUGCAUGAUUACCAAAAGCUCUUCACUUUUGACUAAGUUAGGAUGGAGUUUCUCAUGCAGGAUAGGCAUGGCAGAGACCUCGCAGAGUCUGUCAUGCUGAGUCCCGCAUUCCAGACCUCAUGGGUCAUGGAAAAUCUGCAUGACAAGUUCACACUUUUCCAGAUCCAGACAUUUUUGCACUUGAUACUCGAGGACCAGUGACGAUUGUGCGCAUUCUAAAUGUUGUGUCAGGGUACGGCAAAGUGCAGAGUUUGUCAUGCAGGUAGUCGCGGGGACAAGUACUUCAAUUAAACGGACUUUCAGCUUGAGGGACUGAAAUGCUUACAAUACCUGUGUCAAAAGAUAAAGAGACUGCUGUCGCUUAUCGCACUUUCCGAAUCUCGAGUGUCUUCUGCAGCUGUCUGCGGACUUCUAUAUGUGCUGUCGUUGUUUGCGCACGACGCAUGACAGAUGAUCACGGGCACAGUUAAGAAGGGCUCGAUAUUGAUGGCAUCGAACACUUCAUGACCAAAUAGACAGCAUGCGCGUGUUGACUCUGUGGUGACAAACUUCGGAAUUACUUAUUCAAAAAAAGGGAGCAGAGGGCUUCGUUGCAGUGCAAGCUUGGAGAUGAGAAAUCCCAGAUUUGCAAUUUGGGCGCAGCCGAAAUGUGUUAUCGUGAUCUGUGGAUGUUGUCGGUUGCCC